GAAGCCAUCAACUUCGCCACCCCGCGAUGGAUCGAUUAUGGCAAAGUGGCGUCUCAGUGCAGCUGCGGGGAGGCCAGGGUCACCUUCUCCAUGGACGCCUUCGUGCGAAUCCUGCAGCCUGAGCGCUAUGAGCUGUGGAAGCGCGGGCAGGACCGGGCUGUUGUGGACCACACGGAGCCCACCUCGCCAGAAGAGGGGGAGCUCAGCGCCUGGAGGGUGGCCCAAGCUCCCCGGAGAGCCCUGCUGGGCCUGAGGCACCUCCCACCCCGCCGGGCCACGCGCACCCCUCGGCCUGUGGCCGCUAGUGGUGGGACUGGCCGUCGCACCCCAAUGUGCCUGGCCUCCCCACGCUCCUUGCCGGCCCAGAGUUCUUCCUCUGAUGCCCAGUCUGGGCUUGUCCCCGCCUGCACUUCUCAGGAGCCUGGCCCCACCCGACCACCGACCCCGAUUCCCUCUGCCCGAGAUGUUCAUCCCUCAAUGGGCAGAUGUGGUCCUGGUCGUCGUCCUCGGGAACAAGGGGCCCGGGGGCCCAGCAUCCAGGCCCGGGCCAAGAGGCGUCUCUCGGUGGGAACAACACACACAGCCCAGUACCCUGAGGCUCUGCCCGGUCCUGUGGAUGAACCCUCAGUGGACAACCCUGUACCACUGAGCCCUGGGCUCCAGCAACCUGCGGAGGCUUCUGGGUACAGUUGUGCCCUUUUCCCCUAAGCCCAGGGGAUAAUGUUGUAACCUACUGCUCUUGUGUGUGGAGGCUCCUUGAGACCCACCACAUUUACAUCAGAGCUUUGGGCCAGCCUGCAAGCUACUGGUCUUCAGAGGCCAGUGAUGUUGCCACUGAUGCGUUGAGUCCAUGUUCUUUAUCAUGUUUGCCAUAGUUUGUUCUUCCUGCCACACUCUGCAGUGUCUUUGGACACUGCUAAUUCCUGUGUUGCCAACUGAGGUUUCAUCCACUAGACACUCUUGUGUCUCUGUAAGCUAGGUCCUGCUGAGGUCAUGAGAGCAUAAUCUUCCCCAGACUCCUCUGGGCCAAUGCUUCUGGGUUUUGAUUCUCCUCCAAUCUCCCUGCCUUUUCUCCAACCGUACCCCUUCCGCCCUUUCUUGCAAAACAAGGCCGUUUUGACCAAAUGGGUCAGUAGAGACUCAGAACAUAAUUUAUGAUCUUUCUGAGUCUUGGAUGUAUUCAAAAUGUGUUAUGGCCAGUAUUUGUUCACGAAUGUAUUAAAGGUAACCACAAUGUUAAAAUCUAAAAUUUGUUUCUAAUAAAUAUUGUGCAUUCAAAUAAU